AUGACGGAACACCGUGAGAAGGAGCCGUAUCUGAAAUUGUCCCCCAGCAUCGGUGAGACCGAGGAGGAGAUCACCACCGUCCAUCAGGAUUCCCUUCAUCAGAUCUCCGCAGCCAGUCACCUGGCGGAACCACCGGCGGCGGCAGCGGCAGCGGCGAAGGAGGAGGAAGACGGCGACGACAACUCCAGCGACGAUUUCGAGUUCACAUUCGCGGCGAGGGACCCGGAGGCGGAGACCUCCAUCACUGCCGAUGAGAUCUUCUCCAACGGCCGCAUCCUCCCCUCCUACCCCGUCUUCGGCAGCAACUUCCUCAUCUCGCCGGCGGCGGAGAUGGAACGGAGCUCCACGUCGUCUGAUUCGUCGGAGGCGGACGCGGCGGUGGGGGCGUACUGCGCGUGGUCUCGGCCGUCGGCGGGGCAAUGCAAGAAGAGCGCCUCCACCGGGUCAGCCCGGCGGUGGCGGCUCCGCGACCUGAUGGUGGGGCGGAGCCACAGCGACGGGAAGGAGAAGUUUGUCUUCCUAGCGGCGGACGAUAAAACCCAUAAGGCGGCGUCGGCGUCGGCGACGGCGACGAAGAAAGGGGAGAAGAAGGGGGCUCGGGCGACGGAGUUGGAUCUGGUCACCGCCCACCGUUUGUACUACGCGAAGGGAGACGCGGAGAAGGCGAAGGGCGGGCGCCGGUCAUUCUUACCGUACCGACCGGUCGGUUUGUUCGGCAAUGUGAACGGCUUCGGCCGGUAA